ACACACUUUGGGUAUUAUAAUGAAAAUGAUGUCCAAACUAUUGCUAUUUGUGUCCCUAUUGGUGGCCGUUUGUCAGGCCGAUAAUUCCCCGUUUGACGACUGGUGCUCGCGCUGGAGUUACGCCCCAUACGAUGCCGAUCCCACGGAGUACUACGAGUGUGACUGGGAACCAGACCAGCGUACAUACCAGGUUCAUUUGCGCCAUUGUCCCGAGAAAGCCAUUUGGAGUCAGAAACACCGAAAAUGCCAGAUGUGGGAUACCGUGUGCCCGGUGGACGGGUAUAUCGCUCACCCGACCGACCCAACCGCAUAUUUCCAGUGCGAUACUAUCGCUGGCCAGGGAUGGCAUUUGCUUUUGAAACAGUGUCCGAAUAAGACAUUUUGGAGUGAAUCUAACAAACAAUGUGAGUCCACUGCCACCGAUUUCUAUUGCUGGGUGGGGUAUAUGCCUCACGAGACUGACCCCCAUGAGUACUACCAGUGUCAACAGGGACAUCCAGGAUGGAUCACCACUUUGAUGCACUGUCCGGCACAGACCACAUGGGUUCAGUCCCAUUGGAGGUGCGACGGUGUUUGA